AUGACAACUACUGACUACGUUACCAAUAAACCAAACGAUACUACUAAACCAGAUAAAACUAUUUGUGUUUUUUGCGGAUCUUCAUUUGGUAAUAAUGAAAUUUUUGCUAAAAAUGCUAAUGAUUUAGGUAAAUCAUUAGCUAAAAGAAACUGGGGGUUAGUUUACGGAGGAGGAUCAACUGGUAUUAUGGGGUCGGUGGCAAGAGGAUGUGCUACCAACGGAGGAUACGUUCAUGGAAUCAUUCCGUCGGCAUUGAUUUCAAGAGAAAGAAUUGAUGAUGAGAAAUUCAACGAACAUUUAAAGUCAUCGAUUGAUAAUCAUGAUGGCUCAACCCCAAUUCCCGAUCUGAAAGAAUACGGCCAUACUACUUUAGUUAAAGACAUGCAUACCAGAAAGAAGAUGAUGGGCGAAGAAGCCGAUGCGUUUAUUGCAUUACCAGGAGGAUACGGAACUUUAGAAGAAUUAAUGGAAGUAGUUACUUGGUUUCAAUUAAAUAUUCACAAUAAGCCAAUUGUUAUAUUCAAUAUGAAUGGAUUUUACGAUAAUUUCUUAAAAUUUAUUAAAGAUGCAAUUAAAAAUGAAUUUGUUAGUGAAAAAAAUGGAGAAAUUAUUAAAGUGGCAGAAACCGCCGAUGAAGUCUUGAAGGCAAUUGAAGAGUAUAAGAUUCCCGAAGGUAGAUUCAACUUGAAUUGGGAAAAUACCUAGAAAAAGUAUAUAUAUAUAUAUAUUAUAGAGUAUAU